CCCAAGUGGUGAAUAUCCGUCUUCGACUUAUUGCGCAGUAACUCUGGGUUGUACUCGCAAAAGCUACACCUGAGGUUUAAUUGCUUCUCUUUGCUUCAGAUUACGGAUAUACGGCGCCAUGUCGGACUAUGAGGACGAGAUGGACAUCGAUGCGCCCGUGCCGGACAAGUCUAUCAAGUUUGGUGGAGAGGUCAGUAAGGGAAAGAGGAGCGCCGCGAAUCUACCGGUCCAAGCAGAAGACUCUCUUCCAUGGGUGGAGAAGUACCGACCGAGCUCGCUGGACGAUGUUGAAGGACACAAGGAUAUAAUAGCGACCAUCAACAAGUUCGUUGACACAAAUAGAUUACCCCAUCUUCUCCUUUACGGGCCUCCAGGAACCGGCAAAACCUCCACCGUCCUCGCACUCGCCCGUCGUAUCUACGGCGUCCACAACAUGCGGCAGAUGGUCCUCGAGCUGAACGCAUCCGACGAUAGGGGUAUCGAGGUAGUCCGUGAACAAAUCAAGACCUUCAGCAGCACCAAACAGAUCUUCUCGGCCGCCCCCAAGCCGGGCGACUCUGCGCUGGCGACCUUCAAACUCAUUAUACUAGACGAAGCCGAUGCCAUGACCGCCACCGCGCAAAUGGCCCUGCGCCGUAUUAUGGAAAAAUAUACAGCCAACACACGCUUCUGCAUCAUAGCAAACUAUACGCACAAACUGUCUCCUGCACUGCUGUCCCGUUGCACACGAUUCCGCUUCUCGCCGCUCAAGUACGCGGAUAUCCGCAAUCUAGUGGACAGAGUCAUAGAAGAAGAGCACGUGAAAAUCGAGCCCGACGCCGUCGACGCCCUCGUCACCCUCAGCAAAGGUGACAUGCGCCGCGCGCUGAACGUUAUGCAAGCCUGCCACGCCUCCAGCACCCCGCUCCAACCGCCUGGGCAACCGGUGCCCGACCCGGCCACCAUCGAACGCGACACCAUCACAUUGAAUACCAUAUACGACUGCAUUGCUGCGCCUAAUCCAGAGGAUAUUGAACGCAUAAUGAUCACAAUGUUGCAUUCAUCCGAUAUAACACAGUGCUUAAGAGUGAUCAACAAUCUGAAGACGUUGAAGGGUCUUGCAUUGGCGGAUAUAUUGACGGCCUUGAGCGAAGAGCUGGUGAAACAUGAGGUCAAGGACGAGACAACGAUUACGUGGUUAGCAGGGCUUGCGGAUAUCGAGUAUAGACUUAGCGGUGGAGGGAGUGAGGCUAUCCAGACUGGAGCCAUGAUAGGCGUCGUCAGAACGGGGGUCGAGCUUCUCGAGAAGGAAAAUUGAGCGAGUGGACGGUACCUCAUGAUUCGAAUGCAUAUCUAGUCGGCGUUUAGGGCGAUUCUCGGGAGCUUGGAAAUGCAAUAAUCUGAUACCCCC